UGCACUCCUGCCCCUCUUUAUUUCACUUUUGUUUGUCAAAUAAGAGAGUGUUUGAAUACAUGGAGUAAUAGUAGUGAUGCAGAAAUUUCAACAAUGGCAUUAUUAAUGCAAUCAAAAUUUGAUAAAUAUUGGGAUGAGUGUAGUUUGGUCUUGACUGUUGCUUCUAUUCUUGACCCGAGAUAUAAGAUGACACUUGUUAAAGCUGCUUUUGGUGAAUCUAGCAAUUUUGUAUCCAAACAUGGUUGUUAAAAAAAAAAAAUUUAUAUUCACAAACUUUUAUAAUUUUUGUACGGAGUAUUUGUCAUGGAAGCAUUUGUCGGGCAACAAAACCCAGAGUCGUCGCCGUUCUGAUCUUCGCCUGAACCGUCAUGGAAGCACUUUCACUUCCCCUAAACAUUCUCACCAAAACCUCUGUAAAAAAUUUUGCUCUGAGUGCUGCUUCAAAUUAUUCCUCACUCUCUACCUUACAACUCAAUCUAUCUUUCAGAGCCAGACCCCUCUCUUUGAGGAAGGCAGUUCUUCGCGUCCACUCGGAGAGGGAUGACAAUGAAUUGAAGCAAACUAGGGACAUGGCUGCUGCCAGAAAGAGAUGGGAAUCUCUGAUUAGAGAUCGAAAAGUUAAGGUUCUUACCCCAAGGGAAGCUGGGUAUGCUGUUCAGCUUUCGAACAAGCCCCUUCUUGAUGUCCGCCCCUCAAACGAGCGCAAAAAGGCUUGGGUGAGAGAUUCUACCUGGAUUCCUAUUUUCGAUGUUGAUAACACAUUUGAUUUUGGAGUCAUUCCCAGAAAAAUCAUGAAUUUCGUUAUGGGAGGAUGGUGGAGUGGCAUCCCUACACUCUCUUAUCACGGGCAGUUCUUAGCCAUGGUUGAGGAUAAGUUUCCCAAAGAUUCUGAACUAAUUGUUGCAUGCCAGAAGGGGCUGAGAUCACUUGCUGCUUGUGAACUACUGUACAAUGCUGGCUAUAAGAAUCUGUUUUGGGUUCGGGGAGGAUUUGAAGCUGCUGAAGAUGAGGAUCUCAUUGUGGAGGGGCCAGGACCUCUCAAGUUUGCUGGAAUUGGUGGCGUUUCAGAAUUCCUUGGAUGGACUGAUCAGCAAAGAGCAGCUGCAGCCAAGGAAGGUUGGGGAUACAGAUUAGUGUUUUCAGUGCGCCUGAUUGGAGUCUUUCUUCUUGCUGAUGCACUAUAUAUUGGCGUUCAGCAAUUAGGGAGCUAUCUUGAGGAUAUCAUGACACCUUGAAGUUUCCAAUCCAUCCGAGAUAAUGUCACAAUUGCUCCAACUUUAUUUUCAUUACCGGGUGAUGCAAAUAGUUGGCAAACCCAUUUUAAGGUAUGUUUAUUCUAUGUAUCAGUGUGUGCGCGCGCGUGUGUUCGGAUAUUGGACUCAUUGGAAAUUCAAGAAUUUGAGUUUUGAAAUCUCAAUGCUACUCCCUUCGUGCAUUUGACUUUUCUUGGUUAACUUUCACAAACUUUGAUUAAAAUUUGUUAAAAAUAUAUUUAGUUUCAAUGU